UCUCUCUCGGUACCAUGCAGAAGGCGCCAGCUGCUCCUGCCGCGGCUGCCGCGGGGGUCACUGCAGGUCCCGCAGCCUCCGCAAUUCUGCAGCUGUCCCCCUUCCUGAUGAAGCUGUGGGCUAUCAUGGAGGAUUCGCAACAUGGCAGCAUGAUAACUUGGAGCCCGGAUGGGCAAAAAGUUAGCAUCUUGGAUGAGCAAAGGUUUGCAUCUCAGCUGCUCCCAAAAUACUUCAAACACAACAACUUGUCCAGCUUCAUUCGUCAGCUCAACUUGUAUGGCUUCAAGAAGGUAACGUCAAUGAGAAAUGAAACAAUGCUCACUUUCAACAACCCUACCAUGGAGUAUCAACACCCACAGUUCAAAAAAGGGAAACCUGAACUGCUGGCGAGCAUCCAACGGAAGGCGUAUACACGCAAGGAGCCCGCAGCCAGCUCAAAAAAAGACCAGCAGGCAAUGCUCGCCGAAUUCCGGGCCAUGAGAGAACAGCAGGAUGGCAUAAGCACCAAGCUGGAUACCGUGACCAGGGACACCACCUCAGUCCUUGAGGGAAUGGGCUCUCUGCAACAGAAGGAAGAUCAGCAGCAGGAUGUCUUAUCUCAGAUCCUCCAGAUCAUUAUGAAUUGCAUGUCUGAGACAGGCAGGCAGGAUGCCCAAAGGAAAAGACCUCGGAAUGAGGCUUCGGAAGCCCCUCGUCCAAAGAACAGCCGUCCACAGGCUCGCAGUGCUAUGGAGGAUCGUGAAACAGCAGCUGUUCCAGGACACAGUGCAGACUGCAGAAACUUGAUUGUGACCUGUAACAACAUGGAGGGUGAAGCAGGGGGUGCUGCUGGUGCAAAUAAUGAGCAGGCUGUAGUGUGUGAGCCCCAUGGGACUGGAGAGGAGGGUGAAGGCUUCUUGAAUGUAUUCAUAUCAAACACUGUGAAGAUUGAUACGGAGCUGAAUGAGGAGGAGCAAAACAGUAUCUCAAAAAUACUUUCUUGGAUAACAGGGGAAACUGUUGAGACUGGGAUGAAUGAGCAGGAGGCACCAAUGAAUGACUUGCUUCUGACUCAGAACAACGUGAAUCCCAUGUUGGGGGAGCCUCCAACUUUCAAGAUGGAAUAUGACAACAGUAUUCCCCUGGAGGCUUCUGUUGACAUCAUACCUCCUGUUCAUUUCAGCGGUGAGGCACUUGAGGAGUGCCUUAGUCAAGUAUCCCAAGUAGAUGGCGCACCUGCCCUGUUGUUCCUGGAUCAGCCGGUUUUCACUGAAAAUGCGUAA